GUGAGGAUAUCUUAGCAGGACUGUGAGCUGGGCCAUCAUUUGCAGGAAAAUGCAUCUUUGGAUUUCAUUUUUUUUGCUAAGUGCAACGUCAGUGUGCACUGGUGAGAUGUAUGGCAGUUAUGGAGAAAUAUGUCAAAGACUGUGUGCCUGUGAGGAGAGAGAGGGGAUACUUACAGUGAGCUGUGAAAACAGAGGAAUUGUAAGUCUCUCAGACAUAAGCCCAGUGUACUUCUCCCAGUAUCAUCUGCUGCUUACAGGGAAUCUUUUGAAAAAGCUGUCUGCCAAUGAUUUUGUUGAGUACAAAGGACUCAUAAUAUUACAUUUGGGAAAUAAUGACAUAUCUGAGGUUGAAGCAGGAGCUUUUAAUGGACUUCAGGGAUUAAAACGAUUACAUCUUAACAAUAACAAAAUUGAUGCCUUGAAGGAAGAGUUUUUCUUUGGCCUUGAAAGUCUGGAGUAUCUACAAAUUGAUUAUAAUUAUAUCACUCAUGUGGCUCCAAAUGCCUUCAGCAGGCUUCGACAUCUGGAGGUCCUGAUUCUAAAUGACAACUUAAUAUCUACGCUGCCCGUGAACAUUUUCCAGCAUGUACCAUUGACUCAUUUGGACUUAAGGGGUAAUCAGCUUAAAGUGCUUCCCUACUCAGGUCUGCUGGAGCACAUGAACAGUGUUGUGGAGUUACAGCUGGAGGAGAAUCCGUGGAACUGUUCCUGUGAGUUGAUUGCUCUUAAAACCUGGCUCGAGAGCAUUUCAUACACGGCUUUAGUCGGCGAUGUUGUUUGUGAGUUCCCUUUUCGGCUUCAUGGGAGAGAUCUUGAUGAGGUUUCAAAACAAGAGUUGUGCCCGAGGAGAGCCAUCGCUGAAUACGAGAUGCCCCCCCUGCCACAUCUGAGCACCGAUGCAUACUAUAGGACCACGCCAGCUCUAGUCACAGCCUUCAGCUCAUCUGGGAUUGCACGGUCCUCAUCAAGACCCACUAAGGGACCUCGCCAGUCAGGCAAAUUAAAAUCAAGACCCACUGCUCGCGUCCCAUCUAAUAAACCACAGAAUUAUGGCCAAAUUAUUUCAUAUCAAACCAAAUCCCCCGUGCCUUUAGAUUGCCCAACUGCCUGUACCUGCAAUCUUCAGAUUUCAGACCUUGGCCUGAAUGUGAACUGCCAGGAGCGAAAGAUUGAGCAUAUCUCUGACUUAAAUCCCAAACCUUACAAUCCCAAAAAGAUGUAUCUAACAGGGAACUACAUCCCUGUGGUGCGUCGAUCAGAUUUUAUUGAGGCGACCGGAUUAGAUUUGCUUCAUCUUGGUAACAAUCGAAUAGCUCGCAUACAUGACAGAGCUUUUGCCGAUUUGAUGAAUCUAAGAAGACUAUACCUUAACGGGAAUUUGAUAGACCAUCUUGCAUCUGAUAUGUUUUAUGGAUUGGAGAGCUUACAGUUCUUAUAUUUAGAAUACAACGUAAUUAAAGAAGUUGCUUCUGACACCUUUCUGCAUGUACCCAGACUCCAGCUUCUUUUUCUGAACAAUAAUCUCUUGAAAACUUUACCAGUGGGAACAUUUAUCGGCCUGACAUUAGCCAGACUAAAUCUCCGCAACAACCAUCUGCGAUAUCUGCCGGUUAGUGGUGUGCUAGAUCAGCUUACAGCACUGGUGCAAGUCGAUUUGUUUGAGAAUCCCUGGGAUUGCUCUUGUAGCAUACUGGAGUUGAAGAUGUGGCUGGAGCAGCUUAGCACAGGCACAGUUGUAAACAAUGUCAUCUGUGGCUCGCCUAAGAGGCUAGCUGGAGAGGAUAUGAGAUACAUUAAGACAACAAAUUUCUGCCCUAAUAACUCUGAUAUACUUGCCUCCAUGAUCCCACCCUCUGAGGAAUCCUUUCCUGGCAGCACUAUCACGAUAGAGACAUCACUGGACUCUGACACACAAUACAGCGCCAUUCCUUUAUCUGUGAUGAUUCUUGCCCUUCUCCUCAUGUUCAUUGUGUCUGUGUUUGUGGCUGCAGGAUUGUUUGUGGCAAUGAAAAAGAGACGUCAAAAGAGUCAAAACGAGCAAAAUAGCUCUAUGAAUGCUUGCAUUAGCUCUCUCAACAUGGAAUAUGGCCUUUACAAAAAGGGAUCCAUUCCCAAAGUCAGAACAUCUGCAGGACAUGUAUAUGAGUACAUCCCACCUCCCACAGAGUCCUCAUGCAGAACCACUGCCCACACCCCCACGGACAGCAAAUCAGUGGAUGGAUUUAGAGACUUUGAUGAGCUGAGUGGCGCUUUUCUGGGUAACUCAGAUGAAGAGGCAGCGAGUAAUGUAAUAAGCUCAGAAUACAGUGCCACCACUCCAGAGCCUCUUAACAAGCCCUCCACCCCUCACCAAGAUGAUCUGUGUUACUACAGAGAUGUACUUGAGCGUGACAAGCACACGCGUUACAGCAAUACGUUACCAUGCAAGCAUACAGCGCAUUCAUCAAGUCAGUAUACCUCAGACUUGGAUGCAAGGCAUCAAUAUGUGCACCCAGAGAGAAUACAACAGACAAUACUCUAUUGCACAGCACCAAGUACUGUUUAUGUGGAGCCCAACCGGAGUGAGUACUGGGAACUAAAAGCAAAGCUUCACAUUGAUCCUGAUUACCUUGAGGUUCUUGAAAAACGAACAACAUUUACACAGUUUUAAGAGACUUGGACCGUGGUGGACAUUCAGAGUGGAUGCACUGAUGCGAUGUAUCCAUUUUAAUCAGGAAUCAGGCCAUGUUAAAAAAGCAGGCAUUACACUUUUAUCACCUUUAUUAGGACAAUGCAUUGUGAGCCACAGUAUGCAUUUCUGGGAAUCAUGUUUUACAGGACUGAAUAAUAAAGGGGAACAUUUUACUUAACCCUUUAUCCCUGUGGUGUUUGGUUUAAAUGGGUAAAUAUGAACAAGCAAUUAGAUAUUCAGGGCUCUUAUGACUCAUCCCAUCAUAAAAUACAUCCUGGAGCUGUCUCAUUGACAAUAAUGUGAGCCUGAGCUUUUACUCUCAGAUUAGCUGCAUUUCAUGAGUGUUAAUGAACCGUGCAGAUAAUAUUUUCUUAUCCCAAAAUAAACCAGGUUUUUGUUAGUUAUAUGUAUGGCUCCCAGUUAUGUCUUUUCAAAUUUACUCAAAACUUAACUCAUACAUGAGACUAAAUCCAAUUUAUUCUACAAAUAAAUGUAUCUUUGACCGUGAAUUUGGCCUGUGUGUAGUUGUGGAAAAAAGUCACACAGGCUACACAUCUGUUAGGAAAUUGUACUCCUGUGAAAAAUGGAGUCAGAUACAUUUAGCUAGGUAGUUUGUCCUCCAGCAUGUACAGCUCUGGGAUGAUAAUAUUAAAUGCAUGAGAUCAUAAAACAAAUUCCAAUGUAAUAUUUCAAAUUAAAGAUUAUAAGGCCAGUAAAUCUGCUCUCUUGUAUGCAGAUUUGGGAGAGAAUAAUUAAUGUAUCCUAAAAAUAUACUGAACUGACCUAGUGCAUAUGCUGUAUCUGUGGUGUUCCUUCAGCACCUCCCCAUCUCCAAACCAAAUGCACUUGUGGAUUACGGACACAAGUUGCGCUUGUAUUCAGUUAAAUAUAAAUGUGUUGUAACUGUACUCAGAAAUGUUGUAACUAAAAGAGUAUAAUCACAACUGUAAUCAGAUGUAUUGUAACUGAAAGAAAAUGAGCUUUAACUGCAGGUCAAUCAAAUGUCACAAAUAUGUACAAAUGUAUUUUCUUGCAUUUUACACAAACAUACAGUUUGAAAACACACUAGUUGCAAUUUGAUGAAUUGUAAUAAGUGUCUUUAUUUAGUUGCACCAGAUCCAAAGCACUUCACAAAAAAUCUGCUCAUAAUAUAUGCAAAUUCUGACACUCAGAGGGGCACAUCAAAGCACAAUCCUGUGUUUUAUUGCACCCUUACAACCUUUUUUUUCUUUAUUAUAUGUCUGAAUACCUACAAAAAUUGUCUUCCAGUUGCAAUACAUUUGACUAGAUCUGCAAUACAAUAAGAGUCCAGUGUAUCUCUAAAUACUUUUAUUUGAAAGUCAGCUGAAAAUCUUUGACAUGUUUUAACUGACUAUUUUUAUACAAAUAAAUAUUUAUUUUGUUUCUUUUACAAAAAAAAAAAAACUGCACUAUUGACUUCUCCAGGUCAGCAAUGAUGUCACUUUCUGAAAUGCACAAUAUGGUAACAUGAGCAUAUAGCCAUAGAAGUAGGUUUGAUAACUCCAUAAGUAACAUGUUUGAAGAUCUUGCACUAUGCAUAGAUAUAGACUACUUAGACAAUCUGUACUACAUGCCUACAGCUCAUCCCCUCAGUUACCAACUAACACUCACAAACAUGAUAUUUAAUAAUAUCAUCACAUAAAUCCCAUAAAUGCUUAUUAGAAAUGUAAUACACAUCAAUAUUCAGAGGUACUUUUGUACCACUUUUUGGACAAUUAAAUUUUUUCUAAAACUUCAUAUAUCUUUAAUUAUGUGUUUUUAGGGGAAAACAGUGUGGAUGAAGAACAUCUUUUUAUUUCACAUUGUUUAAUUCAUCUGUUGUGCGGGAUCAAAUGAAAUCUGGCAAUCUGACUGCUAUUAGCAGUCGCUGUUUCUGUCUUUUUAACUUGGUAUUGGUGGGUAGUGUAAAAAAUGUAUAAAGGUCUGCAAGAGCUUUAGCUAGUAGAUUGAAAAGCACAACAAAUGAAUGCAGUAGUUGAAUGGACACAGUCGUCUUUAUGCAUAAAAGUGUUCUAUGCUCUAAAGCAAACUGAGAACAUCAUCCAGUUUUAAAGCAGUCUAACCAAUUUCUGGGUCAAUAGUAUAAGCCCAUGAAUCUAACUUUCCCUGAGAGUUUAAUACACAGAGUAAUUUCACAUCAUAUGCAGUAUUAUGCACUGAACAUGUCAUCUUAACUCAGCUAAUUAGAGGACAUGGUGUUUGCAGACCCUGUCUGCAUGUCACCAUGUGUUACACCGCAGCAUUAGUCACGCUGUUUAUCAAGUGUACAGUCUUGGUGUGUUGCCUUUCACAUUUUAUGAUUAUUUUGUCACUGUGUAAAUGCUAUUGGAAAUUCAUCUGAACAAAUGAAAUGGAAUCUACACAUUGAAGCAUGAUGUAAACCUGCACAGGUUUGUACUUUGUUACAUGUAGAUUUUUUAUCUUGCUGUGAACUUAUUGGAGAAAAACACUGUAAACAUGCAAACAUGCACAGACAGAUACAGAAAAUAUUUUAUUGUGAACAGUGGUCGACAUCUAGUUAACUGGUCUAGUUCUGAAAUGAACAAUUCUUUUUUUAUGUAUGGUUUUGUACAAUCAAACGAAUGCAACAGAUGAGAAAAUAGCACAUCAUUAAAGAGGCAAAUCAUUUAGUUUGCCAGUGUAUUUGGAAGAAAAUCUGAUACUUUUACCAUUUUAUUUGUCAUUACAUUUUUUUCAAUUUGUAAGUAUCUUGCAAAGGCAACUGUGUAAUGGAACAGCAUUGACUGUAUAUUACUGAAACUUGUAAGGUUGUUCUCUUUCAGCUUUUUGUAAUCAAUGACCAAAUUCAGAUUUUUGUCACAUGUGAGACUACAAAUACUGAUAAUCCAAAAAUAUGUUAAAUUUAAAUGUGACGGUCCUCUGUAUAUGUGCAAAUGUUUAAUUUGCAAAGAAAAAUAGGUCCAUUCAGUGUCUUAUUCCUCCGUUUGCUUUUGUUUGUUUUGUUUGGGUUUCAUAUGAUUUUCGGUGGUUUUCUAUGUCAACCUCUGAUUUGUAAAUAGAACACUUCAUCAGUGUUUCCAUGCAAACUUGCACCGGCUCUGAAAAGCAAAGAACUGGUCUCUUAUUGCAAAAAUACAGUACAACUAGGAAUAUGUGGGGUAAAUAUAUCUAAAAUGUGCUGUUUCUUUAGUUGUUAGCUGAUGAAUAAAACAUA